AUGAAAUCAGCAGCUGUUUGUUCAGCGUCCAACAGCUUAUAUCCGAGUCCAACAGCUGUUGGCUCAAGGUCCAAAUCUGCUCGGGCGUCUGAGAGCUACAGCUGCAGGUUCAUAAUGCGUCAUCCGCUGGGCGCGUGCGCAGGGGCGGGGCUGCUGCCGGGGCCCGUGGAGGAGCUGCACGCGACGCGCGUGGACGACGAAGGCACGACGUUACAGUGGGAGCCCCCACGCGACGCCAGCAACGUCACCUACUACGAGGUGCACUACCAGAAGGCCGACAACACGUCCAUGCACGAGACGCUGUCUCGUCUGCAGAACCGCCUGAACGUGACGGCGACGACCGCCGAGCUGCAAGGACUGGAGGCCGGCUCGCUCUACACGUUCUUCGUGGUGUCGCACAACGCGCACGGCUCGUCGCUGCCCUCGGCCGUGCUCCUGCUCAACAUCACGCACACCGAGACGAGCGGCCGUGGCAUCGCCGCCGUCACCUCGCCGCCGCACUCGCUGGCCGUGGCGAGCCACAGCGCCACGUGGCUUACGGUGGCGUGGCAGCCGCCCGAGUUCAGCCUGCCCUCCGAGCACAUCACCUACAGGUUGCUGUGGAAGUCGGCGGCCGACGCGGACCUCCAGCUGGUGGUGACGAGCGUCACGUCGCACAUGCUGGAGAAACUGCAGCCCAACACGCAGUACAUCGUGUACGUGGUGGCCGUCACC